UUAUUAAAAAAGAGAGCAGGAAAAAAAGUCCUGAUCGCCAGACAUAUGACCUGUUGCCCCGCGUCCUCUGCGUCCUCAGAUGUCGACCGCCCUUGUCGGUGAUCACUUCCUGCCACUUUCUUCCGUUACGUGAAAAAACCGAAAAAUUCAAAUUCAACCAAAUUCGAUUUGGUUGAUACGCCCAAGUUCGCUGAAUUUUAUUAUUACCCCCAAUUGGUUUUCGGUUCGGAAAAAUUGACAGACCGAUUUCAAUUGGAAAUCUUGCGUCCGAAGAAGCGAUCGCUUCAGCGAGUGAUGGUGGUCAUCAUGACCGGAGCGGGAGGACACAGCGGUAUGAGAUUUUAGUGUGCCAGUAAAUUUCUUUCGUCGCCCUACAAUUUCCAGCUGCGUCCGUCCUCGUUCCGGUUAGGGAAAAAAGUAGAAGACCAUAACAUCAAACAUGCAACGUCUCAAGAAUAGAGUUGAUAACUGGAUGGGUAAGAGCAGCAACGCAGAUGGGACCAACAGCAGCCUGCCACCUAACGAAAUCACGGCGCUCAAUAAGCCGCCGGUGUCGCGGACCUUGUCGAGCGAAGGGGAGCCGCGCGAAACCUGGAACAAGAAGGUCGAUUUCCUCCUCUCUGUCAUCGGCUUCGCCGUCGAUCUCGCCAACGUAUGGCGCUUCCCCUACUAUUGCUACAAGAACGGAGGAGGUGCCUUUUUAAUACCAUAUGGGAUCAUGCUCUUCGUCGGCGGAAUACCACUCUUCUACAUGGAACUGGCCCUCGGACAGUUCUACCGGAAAGGCGCCAUUACCAGCUGGGGUAGGAUCGUUCCCCUGUUCAAAGGAAUCGGAUUCGCCGUCGUCCUCAUCGCUUUCUACGUCGACUUUUUCUACAACGUCAUCAUCGCUUGGGCUCUGCACUUCUUCUUCGCUUCGUUUACCAGCCAAUUACCGUGGACCACUUGCUCCAAUUCGUGGAACACACCUCAAUGCGCCGAGGUGAAUCACGAGUUCAACGGCAGCUUCUACAUCGUCAACAAUCGCAGCGUUAUCAGCCAGAUGAACAACAGCGAGACGAUGAUGUCCGAUCUGGACGGCAUUAGCGAAUUGAAUUCCACCCAACAGUCAACCAAUUUCACGUCAGCCGCUUGGGAAUAUUUCGUGCGCGGUUUACUGGAACUGAACCAAAGCAAAGGUAUCGACGAUCUCGGUCGAAUCAAAUGGGACAUUGCUCUGUGUCUUCUCGUCGUCUACUUGAUCUGCUACUUCAGUUUAUGGAAGGGAAUUUCCACGUCCGGCAAGGUUGUUUGGUUCACGGCGCUCUUCCCGUAUGUUGUUCUCUUUAUCCUUUUGGUGCGGGGAAUAACGCUGCCGGGAUCAGCCGAAGGCAUCCGUUACUACCUAUCGCCCAACUUUGAAGCACUCAAAAAAGCCGAGGUCUGGGUGGAUGCAGCCACGCAGGUGUACUUUUCGCUGGGUCCAGGUUUUGGCGUUCUGCUGGCAUUCGCCUCUUACAACAAGUUCCACAAUAACGUUUACAAGGACGCGAUGCUGACAUCUUUAAUUAACUGCUCGACGAGUUUUCUGGCCGGUUUCGUCAUCUUUUCCGUGCUGGGUUAUAUGGCGCUGCGUUCGGGAAAACCUAUUGACCAGGUGGCGACCGAAGGACCGGGUCUCGUCUUUGUCGUUUAUCCGGAAGCCAUCGCCACCAUGCCCGGAUCCACUUUCUGGUCGUUGCUCUUCUUCAUGAUGCUUAUGACUCUUGGACUCGACAGCUCCUUUGGUGGGUCAGAGGCCAUCAUUACGGCACUCAGCGAUGAAUAUCCAAUCAUUGGUCGUCAUCGAGAGAUUUUCGUCGGUUGUUUAUUCAGCGUCUACUUUGUCGUUGGAUUGGCUUCCUGUUCUCAGGGUGGUUUUUACUUUUUCAACUUGCUCGAUCGCUUCGCUGCCGGCUUCUCCAUCCUCAUCGCCGUUCUAUUUGAAUCCAUCGCCGUGUCCUGGAUUUAUGGGAUCGAUCGCUUCUGUCAAGAUAUCAAAGCCAUGACUGGUUUCUGCCCAGGAAUCUACUGGCGAGUUUGUUGGAAGUUCAUCGCUCCCAUCUUUCUCAUGGGCAUUAUUGGCUACGGAUUGUGGGACUACAAGCCGCUGGAAUACGAUGGUUACAUCUACCCGACGUGGGCCAACGUCCUCGGCUGGUGUAUAGCCGGAUCCAGCAUCGCCAUGAUACCCACCGUCGCCAUUUACCAGAUCCUAAUCACACCAGGAACUUUUUGUCAACGAAUGAAAAUAUUGGUGACGCCGUACGUCGUCCAGCACGAGUCGAUGACGGUGGUAGACAACGCCAUGACCACCGAACGACCCACCACUCUAUUGAUCAUCGAUGAAAAUUUCAAGACGACUUCUACGGAUCGGAGCACCUACGUCUAAGUGGUUCAUCUCUUUCUCUCCAUCUCUUCCAUUUUCUCUUUUGUCAAAAAAGAUGGGAGCGGAUGGGCUGGAAUAUCCGUCCUCCGGAUGUACGGCCCGCUUCUUCUUCUUUUUUACAUCUAAUGAAUAUGAGAAGUUGAGAAUAGAGCAUAUCUUUGAUUCGACAAUUGUUUUGUACGAUCGUGUAUGAGUGACUGACGAUAACCAAGAAAGAUGAUGGGAGAGAUUGACGGAUCAACGGAUCAAAAUAAUUGGGUCUUUUUCUAGUCACAUUUUUGGCCCACAAGGGGUGCGAGUCGUCGUUGUUUUUUCGAUUUACCUAUAUCUUUUGUGGUGGUUUUUUUUUUCAAUUUGAUUUGUCAUUGAUUGAUUUAUUAUUAUCCGUAUGGAAUUGCACUGUCUCUAGAUUUCAACUGGACACCUGUAUCUGCGCAACUGAAAUCGUUGUUUCACAUACACUACUAAAGAACGCGUCAGUUCCGUCUGAAAUGAUUAGUUUUCAUAUCUAUUAGAUAUUUGUUCAUAUCAACUCACGUCUGUUGCUACGUAUACUCUUCUUCUUAUACUCACUUUCAUUUGCCCGUUUGUAUUUUUCUACUCAACUUGUCGCAAUCGGCGCAGACUCUCUUCAUUUAUAUAAUUCGUGUUGAUCUGUUUCAGUGUUCCGUCUGUUACAUAUAGUGCCGGAAAGAACCCGGCCGGCAUUUUUUUGUACGCAGUGUCUCUAUUUUGUGUUGGAACUUUUUGAUCCCAUCACGGAGUUGUAAUGAUUUAAUCCCUCGCCCCUCCUUCUCCCGCUAUUAUUAAAUGCCCAACAGCGAAAAAAAGAAAAGCAGCAGCAGCAGCAUGUGCAACAACAAUGGCGUUCCGCAUACAACAGCCAGUAUCCGGAGCGCCACUUGUCUUUCGACUGUAUAACUCCAAUGCGCCUCUCUAAUACUUUUCUCUCUUAAUUCCACAUUCUUCUAUAUGAUACGAUAUACGAUGAUGAAUAAUGACACACACACAGUA